GGCGCUGACGAGCUGAGGCAGGACGAGGAGGCGGAGGGCGAGCAGCGCGCGCAGGCCGCGGGGCGCGGGCAGCCGAGACGGAGGGCGCCAGGGAGACGCGAGAACAGAGAGCCGCGGUCGACCAUUUACAUGGACGACAGGACUUGGACCGCGACGACCGCUGUGGAGGCGGUAGGACGGGUGGCAGUCUGGAGGCGCUGGAGCGCGCGCGUGGGGCUGCGCGAGAACCCACGGAAGAUCCAGUUAGUCGCCCGCGGUCGCAGAGAGGACGGGGAGCUGCGCGAGGAGGCGGCACGGCAGGGGCUGGAGGACAAGGUGUUCCCGGUGAUGGAGGCCCUGGGAGUGGUCACGGUGGGAGCACGAGGCCGCGAUAUGCACCCCAAGGAGGAGGAGAGGAUGCAGAGCGCAAUGCGGGAGAUCCGGCGCCUACAAUGCUUGCCUGUGAGCAGGCGCAAGAAGCAGGAGUACUGCCGGGCUUUCGGGCUGUCCAAGGAGACUUACGGCUGGAUGGCCAAGACCCCGCCGAGGGCUAAGGCUGACCGGGUGACGGCGGCAAUCCGGCGGAGCGCAAGAGGAUGCCCCAUGGGAUCCAGGCACAUUAUGAAUAUCCUGGAGGGUGGUACGCUCGCGGCUGACGUGGUGAUUGGCUGCAGGCAGGUGGCCACGAUGCGGAGGCGGCUGCGGAGGAGAGGCAAUGCCCCCUGGUACACGAGAUGGUACCGCAAGCGAGGCACCCUGGCGGGGGAGGAGAGGCCGGCCGAGGACGAGGUCGAGAAGGAUGUGCAUGCCCGGCAUAUGCACAAGGUCCGAGAGGGCUGGCGCUGGUGGAGCUGGCAGCAGUUCAAGCGCCAGAGGCGGCGGGAUGUGGCGCCGACGCAGGGCGUCGCCUACGACGAGGCCCGCGUGAAGUUGGCCAGGAAUGCGGCGCGGGCAGGAGCAGGGACGCGGAUGCACGUGAUGUGCGGAUCCUUCCUGUCGCCGCUGGCGGCGAAGGCGGCUGGGGGGGGCAAGUUCGAUGAGGCAUGCCACUGCGUGUGGCCAGGGUGCGGGGAGGCCCUGCCGGACCAGGACCACAUCAUGUGGGGGAGCCAGCACAGGCCCCGGCAUGCGCCGAAUCGACCGGCGGACGAGCUGCAGGCACGCUGGGGCUGGCCAGCAGGAGGCAGCAGGGAGGAGGAUGAGCUCCUGCUCCGCUGGAUGGAGGAGGUGGCGGAGCGCACGUGGGAUGUCAGAUAUCCCGGCCGCCAGUGGAGACGGCGCGCGGAGGGCGCGCGGGCGGUCGCUCCAGGGAGCGAGAGCGAAG